AUGGCUAGCAAUUUUCAGUCGCGUACAGUCGUUCCACGCAGUUUCAAACUAUUGGAGGAACUUGAAGCGGCUCAAAAAGGUCAUCAUGAAGGAUCGGUAUCAUGGGGUCUCGAAGCAAACGAUGAUAUGUCACUAUCUCGGUGGGUGUGUAUGAUUAUUGGACCAUCACGAACGCCUUAUGAAGGUCGCAUUUAUACAUUAAAAAUUCAUUGUAGUGAUCGUUAUCCCGAAGAACCGCCAUGCGUUCGUUUUCAAACGCGUAUCAAUCUAACGGGUGUAGCAGCUAAUGGCUCUAUCGAUUCAAAAUAUAUUCCAGCUCUUCGUAAUUGGAAUCGAGAUUUAAGUAUUCAUCAAGUGUUAACCGAAAUUCGAUCUAGCAUGUCAUUGAAAGAGAAUGCAAAAUUAUCUCAACCAUCGGAAGGAGCAGUUUAUCCAUCUCAGUGA